GCUGGCCCCAGUUCCUCUUUACGAAGGGAGGAUCGCGGCUGGAGUGCAUACGGGAAGACCUUACCUUGUUUCAACACGGGACAGUGGAAGUUACCAUGCAAUUAGAAACGCCCCAUUGUGAAGCGGGAAUCGUGCGCCCCGAGAGCUUGGCAUAUAAUAGCAGCAGCGAGAUGUCGGUCAUCCAGCGAUGCCCGUUACUCACCGGGGCUUACCGGGAUGAACGGAGCUGGAGCAUAGAAAACAAGGAAAUUGCCCGUUCCAGUGCCAAAGAUGACUUUCCUAAUGAAACCAUCGCUAUGAAAGAGGAGCUUGUGGAGCAGGAGUGCAGUGAGACGGCCAAAGAUUCUCCUCAACCGAGUCAGACUGAAGAUGCUCUGCUGAAGGAAACGAUAGUUGUGAGACACGGUGAAGGAAGGAAUGCCGCCAUGCCUGGAGGUUCCGAAGAGGAGCAAAUGUCCGCAUAUUGUAAAGAAGAAUUUCCCAAACAGGAAUUUGCCCACAUAAAGGAGGAGGCUUAUGAGAAAAGCCUUCCUUUAAACAUUAAAUCGGAGAAUGUGUUUGGCCAGCCUCAGUCAGUGGAUUCAUUCACUAGCAUGAAGUCUGAGGAAGACUUAAUGAAACUUUAUCAAAGUAGUACUGUGGUGGUCCCCGAGGACCUGACAACCUCUGCAGUGAAUGAGUGGGGGAAGAAAACAACAGAAAAGGGCAGAAUGGGCGAGAAACCACAUUGGUGUCCAGAUUGUAAAAAGUCAUUUGGUACAUUGUCUGCACUUCGAAACCAUCAGAAAAUUCAUACAGAAGAAAGACAUUAUUCCUGCAAUGAAUGUGGCAAAGCAUUUGGCCAACUGUGUGCCCUAAGAAAUCAUCAGAGAAUUCACACGGGAGAGAAGCCUUUCACUUGUACAGAAUGUGGGAAGAGCUUUGCUCAGAAUACCCACUUGAGAAAUCACCUGAGAAUUCACACCGGAGAAAAACCCUAUAGUUGUAGCACGUGUGGGAAGUGUUUUAGUCAUAUGACGUCCCUGAAAAAUCACCUGAGAAGUCAUUCGGGCGAGAAGCCGUACACUUGCGCCGAAUGCGACAAAAGCUUCAUUCAGCUGACGCACCUGACAAUUCACCAGAGAACGCACACAUCCGAGAAGCCUUAUAAUUGCAGCGACUGUGGGAAAGGUUUCAAUCAGAAAACUCACCUGAAGAGUCACCAGCGGACUCACACGUUUGAGAGACCCUACAUUUGUGCCGACUGCGGGAAAAGCUUCAAUCAAAGGACCCAUCUGAUAUAUCAUCAGAGAACUCACACUGGCGAGAAACCAUAUUGCUGUGCGGAAUGCGGAAAAACCUUCAGCGUUUUCAAAAGUUUAAAAAUACACGAAGGCAUUCACACGGGGGAAAGACCUUACAGCUGCCAGGAAUGUGGGAAAAGCUUUAUUCACAAUAUCAGCUUGAAAGAACACCAGAAGAACGUCACAGAGGACAGGGUCUACAGCUGUGCUGAAUGUGGGAAGAACUUUAAUAAUGUCAAAUGUCUUAAAUAUCACCAAAAGUGUCACACGGCUGAGAAUCGACACACUUGCAGUGACUGCGGGAAAAGUUUCAGCUUUUUGACCAGCCUGAAGGUGCACCAGAAAGUGCAUGCAAAAGAAAGACCUUAUGGUUGUGCUGAAUGUGGGAAAGACUUCAAACAGUUGGCCCGGCUGAGGAUACACCAGAGAAUCCACACCGGUGAGAGGCCGUACAGUUGUUCAGAAUGUGGGAAAAGCUUCAGUCAGAAGAUCCUUCUCAAAAAACACGAGAGCAUUCACACAGGAGAGAAGCCGUUUAGUUGUAAUGAAUGUGGAAAGUCUUUUACGGUCUUCAAGACGUUCAAAAUGCACGAAAGGACGCAUGCAGAAGAAAGACCCUAUUCUUGCAAAGAGUGUGGGAAAGCAUUUGUGCAGAUUGCCAACUUGAGGAUCCACCUGCGGACUCACACAGGAGAGAAGCCAUAUACCUGUAGCGAGUGUGGGAAGGGCUUCAGUCAGAUGACGAACCUGAGAAUACACCAGAGGAUCCACACUGGAGAGAGACCCUAUGGUUGUGAUCAGUGUGGGAAGACAUUUACGACCUUGGAGUGUCUGAAGAUCCACCAGAGGAUCCACACAGACGAAAGGCCGUAUAGUUGUAAAGAAUGUGGGAAGGGCUUCAUUCAGAUAGCCCACCUGAAAACCCAUCAGAGGACCCACACGGGGGAGCGGCCGUACAGCUGCACUGAAUGUGGCAAAGGCUUCAAUCAGAUGUCCAACCUGAGAAUGCAUCAGAGAAUUCACAAAGGAGAGAAGCCAUAUGGGUGUCCCGAAUGUGGGAAGGGCUUUAGUCAAAGGUGUCGCCUCAGGAAACACCAGAGAAUACAUGCAGGGAAAGCAGAGUGACUUCUGUCAUGGCACCUGGCAAAAAACAAAAUGUGCCAGAAGAUGUAUUAAAAUGGACAUGGCGUGUGCAUGUUAUGUUCCAGGUCAGUGUGUGGAGUGGCCCUAAUCACCAUGUUCAUCUGUGAAUGCAAAAUGAGCUCUGACAAAACUCGCUUGAAUAAGAAAGGCACAUUGAAAAGUUUAAGAUUUCCUGUUACAAGUUAAAUUUGCAGUUCGAAAUCCAUCCCCUCCUUUGUGACUUUUCAGUUACUGUGGAGGAGCUUACAGGCUUUAUGAGAUAAAAAACAGAAAAAUAUCUAAAUUAAAAAAAUAGAUAUAUCUUGAUAAAUCUCUCAGAAAAAAAAACAGACAGACAUUUUCAAUGGUGUCUUUUAUUUAUUUAUUUUUUUUAAUUUCAGACGAGGUGAAGAAAUAGUAAACUACUCAACACACUGCAACCGACUUAGACAAUGUGUGGAGCAGACCCGUCGUGUUGGCCUCAUGCAUUCCUGUGACUGACCGUGGCAAACUCUUUGAAACAUGUAGACUCAUUUAUAUCCAUAUGCAAGGAAUUCUAUAUUCUUUAUGAAUUAGGCGAAUACAGCCAAGGUGUUUUCUUCAUCAUAUGUAUAACUAUAUAAUGUACGCCAGGUAUUCCACAAGUUAUAAUGUGUACUUAACAGUUUAAGUUUUAAAUCAAGCGUAAUGUGUUGUUUACAACUCCGGUCAUUUACAAAGGCUAUAAAUCACAGUUUUGACACCAACCAACGGGCUUCAUUUUCUAUCAUGCUUUACAUGCUCACAGAUGCUGCCAUCCAUCCAUCAUCCAACCCACUAUAUCCUAACUACAAGGUCACGGGGUCUGCUGGAGCCAAUCCCGGC